CCGUUUCAUCCCAUGGUGAAUUUGGAAUGCUCCCGAGAUUUCCGCCCCUUCCUGUGCGCCCUCUACGCUCCCGUGUGCAUGGAGUACGGCCGCGUCACUCUCCCGUGUCGCAGACUCUGUCAAAGAGCCUACAGCGAGUGCUCCAAACUCAUGGAGAUGUUUGGGGUCUCUUGGCCUGAGGAUAUGGAGUGCACCAGAUUCCCAGAUUGUGAUGAGCCAUAUCCUCGUCUCGUUGACCUCAAUUUAGCUGGGGAACCCACAGAAGAGGCCCCAAUGGCAGUGCAGAGGGAUUAUGGUUUUUGGUGUCCUCGGGAGUUGAAAAUAGACCCUGAUUUGGGUUACUCUUUCCUGAGGGUACGAGACUGUUCCCCUCCUUGCCCAAAUAUGUACUUCCGGCGUGAAGAGCUCUCCUUUGCUCGUUACUUCAUCGGAGUCAUCUCCAUCGUCUGCCUUUCUGCUACCUUGUUUACUUUUUUAACAUUUCUGAUCGAUGUCACAAGAUUUCGCUAUCCGGAAAGACCGAUCAUAUUUUACGCUGUCUGUUACAUGAUGGUCUCAUUAAUUUUCUUCAUUGGCUUUCUGCUUGAAGACCGAGUAGCGUGUAACGCAUCUAGCCCUACCCAGUACAAGGCUUCCACAGUGACACAAGGCUCCCACAACAAAGCUUGCACUAUGCUUUUCAUGGUGCUCUAUUUCUUUACCAUGGCUGGAAGUGUUUGGUGGGUCAUUCUUACCAUCACCUGGUUUUUAGCAGCUGUGCCAAAAUGGGGCAGUGAAGCAAUCGAGAAGAAAGCCUUGCUCUUCCACGCCAGUGCCUGGGGCAUUCCAGGAACUUUAACCAUCAUCCUCUUAGCAAUGAAUAAAAUUGAAGGUGACAAUAUUAGCGGCGUCUGUUUUGUUGGCCUCUAUGAUGUGGAUGCAUUAAGAUACUUUGUCCUUGCACCUCUCUGCCUGUAUGUUGUUGUUGGAGUUUCCCUUCUGCUAGCUGGCAUUAUCUCACUCAAUCGGGUUCGCAUUGAAAUCCCGUUAGAAAAAGAAAACCAGGACAAACUGGUGAAGUUCAUGAUCCGGAUUGGCGUGUUCAGUGUUCUGUACCUCGUGCCGCUGCUGGUUGUAAUCGGCUGCUAUUUCUAUGAGCAGGCUUAUCGAGGUGUGUGGGAGACGACGUGGAUUCAAGAACGCUGCAGAGAAUAUCACAUCCCGUGUCCCUAUCAGGUGACUGAGUUGUCAUCAGCCUGAUUGCUGCUCUUUCUGGUUUUUGUUGUUUGUCUGUAA